AUGGACGAAAACGAUUCUCGAGGUCUUUUGAAGUCCGUGCUGGGGUUUUUCGCUAGAAAACCACCGGAAAGGUCCGCGCAGCCCGCGUCAUUGAGAUCGCGCGCAUGCGAAGCCUGGCUUCGAACGGAUGCAUACCUGCAGCAUGAUGCCGACGACUUGGACGAGGUUGAGCCCGAACGUCGUGCAAAGGUCUUGCGUGCAUUCGAAGACUAUGUUCAGUACGACUCUACCCGAGAACCAGACUAUCGCCUACUGGAUGAUGUGCCGUAUCCAAUGCUUCAGACGAUGCGCAGCGUGAUCAACUGUCGGAAUCAAAAUUCGCAUUCCAGCCCUGAAAUCUCCAUUCGCCCUGGUAAACGAAGAAGAGAAAGUGAAGCUGUCAUUCAGGAACUGGCGUAUCUGGAAAGUGACGCUAAGAGACGCCGGGUUCUACCUCGCGAAGAUCCAGCUACGUGCGAUGAUCCCGAAGACCCAAAUGCCGAGUUCGCCGUGCUGAUGAGAAGACGGUUGUUAUCCUUGAACAAUGCGUUACGAAGAGAUUGGAUCUGUGUUUGCCAUAAGUGCUCAGGACUAAGCGUUCGACUUUCGCUGCCACGACAAAGGAAGGAUCUGAAGGUCGAGACGUGCUUCGAAGUUUUCUUCGGCGUACGGUCUCUUCUUGCGGUAGAGUUACAAGAAGCCAGAAUAACCGUCAAGAGCACAUUCGAGCCUGCAACUGGCGGUGCUUCCGAUUUUGCCCACAUUUGUCAAAGCAUUACAGAGUCUCUUGGCCAGGCUAAUUGCUUGAACUUUGCUCUUGAAGAUGGGAGGUUUCAGAGGCUUCGUCCGCAACCAAAGACCUUUGGUGGUGAUAGCAGGUCUGGAACGGUUUCGUUGUCGGCAUUAUUCAAGCGUCAGCAGGAACUACGUGGGGGCUCAUCUGUACUGCCAUUCAAGGGUAAACGGGUCUUGGCCGUCACUCUGGCGACCGCACUUCUGCCAUUCUUGGAGACACCGUGGCUGCAGCCUUCCUUCGAUCACUCGAAGAUUCUGUUCUUUGAGCCACUGCAAAGUGGAGAACUUCCAGAUAUUACGAAACCUUUCCUCGCGUUAGAGCACAUCCCAACCCAUUCAAACCGCAAUGAAGAUAACGGCGUUGGCUCGGAGAACUCUAAACACAGGGUGCAUCCCAAUGCCAGUGUGCUAGCGCUUGGUAUACUCUUGUGCGAGCUUCAUUAUUGCACACCCGUGGACCUGAUGCAGGAGGACUCGUCCACCAUCAGAAACGUCAACACUGACUAUUACACCAGUCUCGAAAAGCUUAAAUCUUUGGAAGCUGAUGCUAGCGUGGAUUACUAUCUUGCUACCAAGGCAUGCCUGCAGUGGGAGUACUUACCCCCUGGACAGCAGGCUGACUUUGAAUCGGUCAGCGUACAGCGACUAUUUUACCAAAAUGUUGUCAAGCGGCUCGAGUCUGAAAUAAUCAAGGGGUGGGGACUUCGGUUGGAGGAUCUGGGCUCAUUUGAGUCUCAAGAGAAUAGGCUCCGCUGGGGCUCCAUCGGCUGCGAAGUUGUGCGCCAUCGAACAGACAAGGCAGACUCACAUAAUGAAAGUAUCGGCGCCCAAGCAAUUCCGGACCGUUCUAGUUCUGACGUCACGCCUGCGGAUUACACAUCGUUCAACUCAGAGAUGGCUCUACGAAUGCCGGCACGGCCUCCUUUGAGAACGCAACUCAGCGGACAUUUGGCGGAGCCGCCAGCGAAGAGCUUGUGUUUUUUUGAUGCAAGCUACCAGGCGAGUUGUGAACAAGAGAGUCAACUUUCGCAACAAUGGAUGGACAACCUUCUGUCUUCCAUUCAUCACUUUGUUGACCCUUACGAAUCAAUUGAAGCCGAGCCCAGAGCGUUUGAACCGGUACGAAUAGCGAUCCUAGAUUCUGGGUUUGACCCUCAGAAUCCACUUCUAAUGACCGAUAAUCGACAACUAGAUCCACGGAUCAAGGCCGCGCGAAGCUUCAUCGCGAACACAAAGCCAGAAGACAUCGGAGAUGAGAUCGGGCACGGCACUCAUGCUCUUGGGCUUCUGCUCAAAGUUGCCACAUGUGCUGAGAUCUACAUCGCCAGAAUAGCGCAUCGAGAGACACUCGAUCUUUCCGAAUGGAAAGUGGACAUCAUCUCGAUGUCAUUCGGGAUUCGUGAACACAGCCCCCCAAUAAAAGAAGCCAUAGCCAAUGCUAUACACAGUCAGACAUUGUUAUUCUCGGCGGCAUCGAAUGAUGGAGGGAACCUUGGCAGGGCCUUUCCAGCUCAGUAUCCCGGUGUCUUUUGUAUACACUCGACUGAUGGACAUGGUAAUCCUUCCAUGUUCAACCCGACCGCAGACGACAAAGAUGUCAACUUCAGUCUACUUGGGGAGUGUGUCUCCUCUCAUUGGCCAGUUAACCAAGAUGGCCGCGGUCAAACUGUCAAGGUAUUGUCAGGUACAUCGAUCGCAACCCCUAUAGCCGCUGGACUAGCAGCAUCGGUUCUGUCCUUUGUCCGACAGCAAGACCAAUAUAUCAAACCAGGCAGUGAAUCCCUGGGGCCGUGGUUGAAAUUUGCCGGCUCGAUGGAUGCGGUUCUGAAGAGUAUGGUCAGGCAUACAAGAGCAGGCUAUCACUACCUCACGCCCCAUGUCAUAUUUGAUAGAGAUUCGACAAGGAAGCAUGUCUAUGAAAAGAUUGGGGACAUCAAGAAACACAUGUAUAGUUAG